AUGUCUAUGAGCCCUUCUGCAAGAGCUAAUGAUUCUACAAGUGCUUCACAGUUUAUGUCGCGUGCACUAGAUACGGCGCGUCCAUCCCCACGCAACUCUAUUCAUAGUGUUGCACCUUCAGAAAAAGAGUCAUCGCACUCCUAUGUCUACACCCAAAUCAGGCGGCGCUUAUGUAGUUCCGUAUGGAUAUGGAGUCAAAGACAAAAGAUUAUAUAUUCUAUUAUGCUUUUCAGGCAAUCCGCAGGUUUAAAGACAUCUGCUUAUCAAGACAUAUUAUUUUUUCUAUACCAAUCUAUCUUUGUAAAUAUCUGCUUUUUUCGAUUGAAAAAUACACUCCUAAAUACCCAUUUUUUCCCUGUAGUGGUAGCUCUCCACGCUCAAAUUAGUACCGUUGAAGUCUUGCUAAACUAUCUCGGCUGGUUCAUUAUCGAAACGUAUAUACUUUAG